AAUUAGAGUAUUGGGGGCCAUCCUUGUCCGAUUUGAUUCCCAUUAGGAUUUGUGGCCUGCAACCAAAACUAUAAACAUUAAUUAAUUAAUUGGCUUCACGCUUGGAAGAGAAGAAGACGGCGGCGAUGAUGACGCCACCACCUGCCGUGGAUUUCGCCGCCAAUCUGCAUUUACUGGCGGAUGUCGCUAUAGCGGAAAACAAGGUGGAGAAGGCUGCUCUUGACGUUGUAAUAGCCUCACACCGCCACUCCGCCGCCACUCCCUCCGCCAAGUCUCUCCGGGAAAGAAUGGUUUUGGAGAAAGUCAGGAGGAACAUCAACAACAGAGAUUUCGUCAAGAUGGCCGCCGCCGCCAACACCUUCUCCCGAGCCCGCCGUCAAAGAAGAAGUGAAGAAGAAGACGAUCAAGAAAAGGGUCCAAAAUCACGACUUUCAAGGCCAGGCGCCGGCGGACUUGCCGGAGGCAUUCAGGCGGCGGAUCCGGGAGCUGGCGGGGCCGGACGCGGUCGUCUCCGAGGAGAAGCUUCUGAUCCAGAAGGCGCUGACGGCGAGCGACGUGGGGAAGAACCAACACAGGCUGACGAUGCCGGUGCGGAGGAUGGCGGGGAGGUGGAGGGGGUUCCUGAGGGAGGAAGAGGAGUGGGUGCUGAUGCAGAGGGAGGGGGACAGGGUGGGGUCCAUCGACGGCGUGCCCCUCGUGGACCCCUCCCUGAGGCGGUGCGGCGUGAGCCUGCGGCGGUGGGUGAUGAAGAAGGGGAGGGGGAGGAGGAGCAGCGUCUCCCUCGUCAUCACCAAGAAGUGGAAGGAGAUCUUCACGCGCCUCCGGCUCACAGAGGGUUUGGUCGUCCAAGUUUGGAGCUGUCGGGUCAAUGAAGAGUUGUGGCUCGCACUCGUUAGGGUAUGACGACAAAUGACCGUGCCAUUCUUAGUUGCAGUAACAUUGUUCUUUAAUCUGGUGUUUGCCACGGUUUGUUCAUAGUCCAAGAUUCAUUGUUGUUGUAGUUGUUUUAGGGAUCAAAAUUAGGUAUAUAUAUAAGUGAAAUUUGCACUAAAUAGAACUAAAACAUAAUGACUUUUCUAAUGUAGGACUUAAACUUUUUUAUUCUCUAAAUAAGACUUAAUAAUGACCUAGUGGAAGG